UGAGAACAGAGUCGGAGCUGCUUCCACUCAGAGGAAUUCAAUGAAGUCAGCAGUCCUGGCUUAUUGCGCUCGAUGCCGUUGCGUUUCCAGGACAUUUAACAGCAUUAAGGGGCGCAAUCAUAACUUAUUAAAGACAGAUUUUCCCGUCUGUGUGUUCCUCUCCAGUGUCGAGAGGAGGACUAACCGACCUACCUUCCUUCCUACUGCUGUCUGCAGGACGCACCGGCAAGAUUUCCGCUGAAGUUGUUCGUAAACAGUCAGUCCUGGAAGUUGCGCGUCUGGAUCGCUCCCUCCGUCAGCCCUCUGCUUGAAGACAUUAUGCUUUUGAUGCCAGUUGACACACAAACUUCCGUGAUGGUGAGCUCAGCCGGCGCUUUCUACGUGCCUGGAAAAUGAUUGCAACCAGCAGCGAGUUUUCCAUUAUGGUGAGGAGAUGUCUUCUCACAUGCAAACCAUUCAGGAUCUUUGUGGUGGGGAUCGGUUUCUUCAGCCUCUGCUUUCUAAUGACCUCUCUGGGGGGCCAGUUCUCGGCCAAACGGCCCGGAGAUUCCCCCUUCACCAUGCGAGCCGAAGUACUUGGUGGCCAGGAGUCUCGCGGGGUGCUGAGAAAAAUCAGCGACAUGCUGGAGGUGAUCAUGAAAAGGAUGGACGCUCUGUCUAAACUGGGAAACACCAGUGACACACACCGGCUGGAUGAACUCAGCUCGGCCCUGGACAGGAUUCAGCCCAUAGGCCUGGUGGAGCGGAUCCAGGCCAUAGCCCAGAACAUGUCAGACAUGGCAGUGAGGGUGGAGCAGAUCCUGCAGCGCAGCAUGGCCGGCAACAAAGCUCGAGAAGGAGCCUUUGGACAGUGUGAGAUUCCUAAAGAUCCCCGCUAUCCAGACUGUCCCAGCAAGAUGGAUUGGAUGCGAGCUCGUUGGACAUCGGACCCUUGCUAUGCAUAUUAUGGUGUUGACGGGUCCGACUGUUCUUUCCUUGUCUACCUGAGCGAGGUGGAGUGGUUCUGCCCCCCGCUGCCCUGGAGGAACCAGACUGCAAUACCCACCUUGAAACCUCCCCCCAAGAAGCAGGCUGUCUUCCAGUCUGACGUCGGGACUCUGCUGGAACAAGUGGGCACUGGGAAGGAAUCUCUGAGCUUCAUGAAGAGACGCAUUCGCAGGCUAGCAGCACAGUGGGCUUCUGCCGCUCGACGCCUGGAUGACAAGCUCCGCAACCACUGGAGAGAGCAAAAAAGGAUUCUUGUCCAUGUUGGCUUUCUGACAGAGGAGUCUGGGGAUGUGUUCAGCCCUAAGGUGCUGAAGGGUGGCCCUCUGGGUGAGAUGGUGCAAUGGGCCGACAUCCUCACCGCCCUCCAUGUGCUUGGACACAACCUCAAGAUCUCGGUUUCUCUCAAAGAGCUGCACGGGUUUCUGGGUGUCCCUCCAGGAAGAGGAAGUUGCCCUCUGACCGGACCUCUGCCCUUUGACCUCAUCUACACCGACUACCACGGCCUGCAGCAGAUGAAGCAGCACAUGGGUCUCUCUCUGAGGAAGCACAAGUGCCACAUCCGAGUGAUUGACACCUUUGGCACCGAGCCUGCUUACAACCACGAGGAAUACGCCACUCUGCAUGGCUACAGAACAAACUGGGGCUACUGGAACCUUCAUGGGCAGCAGUACAUGACCAUGUUCCCCCACACUCCAGACAACUCUUUCAUGGGUUUUGUGGCGGAGGAGCUGAAUGAGACGGAGAGGCUGAAUAUUCAGAGAAACAAGGUUAACAAUAUGGCUCUUGUGUACGGCAAAGAGGCCAGCAUGUGGAAGCUUCAAGGUAAGGAAAAGUUUCUGGCGAUUCUGCAUCGCUACAUGGAGAUCCACGGGACAGUGUACUAUGAAACUCAGCGUCCUCCAGAGGUCCCCACCUUUGUCAAGAACCACGGCCUGCUGCCUCAGCACGAGCUACAGCAGCUGCUCAGAAAGGCCAAGCUAUUCAUUGGAUUUGGCUUCCCGUACGAAGGUCCUGCCCCUUUGGAGGCAAUAGCCAAUGGCUGCAUCUUUCUGCAACCCAAAUUUAAUCCCCCUCACAGCUCUCUCAAUCAUGAGUUCUUCAGAGGGAAACCCACCUCCAGGAAGGUGUCCUCUCAGCACCCCUAUGCAGAGCAGUAUAUUGGCAGGCCGCAUGUCAUCACUAUCGACUUCAAUAACUCUGAAGAGUUUGAUGCAACCAUCCGUGAAAUCAUGAGGAUCGAUGUGAAGCCGUUCCUGCCCUACGAGUACACCUGUGAGGGAAUGCUGGAAAGGGUUCAUGCCUAUAUUCAAAACCAGGAUUUUUGCUCCCCUGAAGCUCCGUUUCCUCCAGUAAACUCGUCUCGGGUUUGGCCAGGCAGUCCUCCCAGUCCUUUCAUCCUGCUGCCUAAUUCCAGGAUCCUGACCUGGGCCUUCAACGCCAGCUCCUUUUCAUUCUGGCCUCCGCUCAGCGCACUUCGGCUUCUGGCUUCACUGGAGGGUCAGUCGUGUGUGAAGGCGUGCCAGAGUGCAGGACUAAUCUGUGAACCCUCCUUGUACCGUUUCAUCAACAUUAAGGAGGCCUUUAGCGCACUGGAAUUCCAGUGUGAAGGAGUGGAGUCAGAGACGAACCACCUCUUCCCUGCCUUCUCAGCAGAACAUGCUGAAUGUGGCCUUCAGCAGGACCCGCUGCUGUUCAGCUGCGCUGGCUCCAGCCCCAGAUAUCAGCGCCUUUGCCCCUGCAGGGACUAUCGCAAAGGCCAGGUGGCGCUGUGCAGGGACUGCCUAUGACCAAAGGAGGAGCUAGUGAACGGCGGCUCCUUUUGUAACACUUGGAAAGAUCCCAGGAGACUCUCUUUGCUGAGGAGACUCUGUGGUAAGAAAAGCUCUAAUGCAUAAGCAGUGACUGUACUCGCUUACCUCUGACCCAGGACCGGCUGCCAAAGUAGGUAAGGUGUUCAUAGCCUCUCAGGGAACUGCAUGAUUGUACUUUGAAUCUGGUUGGUUUUAAGCCUCAGUUUACAGGUUCACACGACUUGCAUCGUGUCUUUAUGGAAGUCAUGAUGAAAUGUGUCAGUCGAUGGAGCGGUUAGAUUAGUAAAGAAGUCACAAGCAAUCUAAAGGAAAGCUUUGAUUUUAAAAAAGAAAAUGUUGCAAAUGUUUGAAUUUCACAAGUGUGUUUACUCAGUGUUGUGUGAAUACUUGCAGUACCAUAGUGGAGUUUGGAUAUUUGAACUAGAUGCACCCAAAGCCAUUUACACCAUGUUGAGAUGUAUUAUUUUACGUCCUGUGAUGAAUAUAUUUGUACGUAAGUGUUAUUUAAUAAAAUACAAGGGGAAAAUA